AUGAGUUCCUCAACGCCUCCACAUUAUGCCCACGGGGUAAUGGAAUACCUUUUGAACUGUGAUGCACCUUCUCCCAUUACUCCCCAACCUUGUAAAUACACACCAACGGCGAGAAAGCAAAUCCCAGUUGGUAGUGUUUACAAAGUCUUCAAUACAUACUAUCGCAACGUCAUCAAAUUUCACAUCGGCGGCCACAUCGGCGACGAAACAGCGGUUCCAGCUGACGCAGAAAACGCAGAAUCACUUGCCAUGACUGGCAAAGCGGCAGGUACAAGUUUUGAAGGAAUUUUGUAUGAACAGUGGAGUGAGUAUUUGACAAAACUUCAAGAAAUGAAGAAAUCGCUGUCGGGAUAUGAAUUAGUACCCGUCAGAGUAAACUUGAAAGGACGGAAAUUGAGUCAAUGGGAGGAAAUGGAGACACGAAUGCAGACAGAGAAAGAUCUGCGAAGGGAGAACCGAAAGACAAGAAACGACUGUGGUAGAAAGGUUGGAAAAAUAUUUGUUGAUUGGUCGGCUUUACCGUAG